UCUGAAGCAUUGUACGUAAAUAUGGAGGUAGCAAAGUGAGCUGCAUGCCUCAGAACUGCCCCGUGAUCUGAUUCAACCCUCGAAUCACCUCUGCGGAGGCGUCUAGCAACACUUACUGCAAAAUGUCUCGUCACAGAAAUGUCCGCGGUUAUAACUACGAUGAAGACUUAGAUGAUGACGACGUGUAUGGGCAAUCCGUGGAUGAUGACUACUGCAUCUCUCCCGCUACGGCUGCCCAGUUUAUCUAUUCUCGCCAGGAGAGGCAGACUCCUCAGGUGGCGCGGGUGGAUGAGGAGGAGGAUGAGGAAGGGGACAUCCCCAUGUCCCCCUCUAUAGGGCCUACUCUGGACCCACUGGAUCAAGGCCGGCUCUACUCCUGUCUGGACCACAUGCGAGCGGUGCUGGGGGACACGGUGUCCGACUCUGUUCUGACCCAGGCAGCGAUGCGCCACGACUUCGACCCCCAGAGGGCGCUAGACGUGGUCCUGUCAGAGGAGAGUGCGAACGCACACACAGAGGCGCCGCCACCACCCAAACCCACACAGGCGCCCAUACCCGCGCCCUUACCGCAGAGACCAGAACGAGAGAGAGGUAAAGGCCGGGAGAAUCGCAACAACGUGGAGUCAGAGGUCAUCCCCAAGGUCGCCCGCAUGACUGUCUCGGGCAAGAAGCAGACCAUGGGCUUUGAUGUGCCUGGCAUGGAGGAAAAUGGUGUCCACAGUCCUUCUGUGCGUCGGGGCCCCAGUCCCAACCCAGAGGCGGUUGCCAUGACGCCUGUCCCCACGCCUGCCAGUACCCCCGCCAAACCUCAAGAGACGCCCGUCAAAACCCUGGCCAGUGGCGACGAGCCUGCGCGCCCCGUUACCCCGGUUACGCCCCGCACCACCGGCAAGAGCAAAACACAGCUCAACAUCCGCGCUGAGCUGGACAAGCGACAGGGAGGGAAACCACUACUCAACAUGGUGGUCAUAGGCCAUGUGGACGCAGGGAAGAGCACACUGAUGGGCCACCUGUUGUACCUGCUGGGGAACGUGAACAAGAGGACCAUGCACAAGUAUGAGCAGGAGGCCAAGAAGGCCGGCAAAGCCUCCUUCGCCUACGCCUGGGUCCUGGACGAGACUGGGGAAGAGAGGGACAGGGGAGUAACUAUGGAUGUGGGGAUGACCAAGUUUGAGACCACUUCUAAGGUUGUGACCCUAAUGGACGCCCCUGGACACAAGGACUUCAUCCCCAACAUGAUCACUGGGGCCGCACAGGCUGAUGUGGCGGUGCUGGUGGUGGACGCGAGCCGCGGGGAGUUUGAGGCGGGGUUCGAGGCUGGUGGUCAGACGCGGGAGCAUGCCCUGCUGGUUCGCUCGCUCGGAGUCACACAGCUUGCCGUCGCCGUCAACAAAAUGGACCAGGUCAGUUGGCAACAAGAACGAUUUAAGGAAAUAACCAGCAAACUUGGUCAUUUCUUGAAGCAAGCAGGCUUUAAGGACUCUGAUGUGUUCUACAUCCCUACGAGUGGACUCUCAGGAGAGAACCUGAGCCGCAAGAGCAGUGUGUCUGAGCUCGUCUCCUGGUACAAGGGCCCCUGUCUGGUGGAGCAGAUAGAUGGGUUCAAGCCUCCUCAGAGAUCAGUAGAGAAGCCUUUCAGGCUCUGUGUGUCUGACGUCUUCAAAGACCAGGGCUCUGGGUUCUGUGUGACGGGGAAGAUUGAAGCGGGCUACAUUCAGACGGGAGACCGCAUGCUUGCCAUGCCCCCCAAUGAGACCUGCACCGUUAAAGCGAUCACUCUACACGACGAGCCCCUGGACUGGGCUGCCGCCGGCGAUCACGUGACCCUGUGUGUGACUGGCAUGGACAUCAUCAAAAUAAAUGUGGGUUGUGUAUUCUGUGAUCCUAAAGAGCCAAUCAAAGCCUGUACCCGAUUCCGAGCCCGGGUUCUGCUGUUCAACAUCGAGGUUCCCAUUACACAAGGCUUUCCUGUACUGCUGCAUUACCAGACAAUAAGUGAGCCGGCGACUAUCAGGAAGUUGGUGAGCAUCUUACACAAAAGCAGCGGAGAAGUAUUGAAGAAGAAACCAAAGUGUCUGGGUAAAGGUCAGAACGCAGUGGUGGAGAUCCAAACCCAGCGUCCGGUCGCUCUGGAGCUCUAUAAGGACUUCAAGGAGUUGGGCCGCUUCAUGCUCCGAUACGUGGGCUCAACCAUCGCCGCUGGGGUCGUCACCGAGAUCAAAGAAUGACCAGCGCUCAGACUCGUACCGGAGGCCUCGGAGGACUUCAGACGAGAAGCUGGGCCAAAGAGCUCGAGAACAAGUGCAAUUUCCUCCCCCCCACCCUGUCACUCUAGGGCUGGCUCAUGUACACGCACACACACACACACACACACACACCCACACCCCUCAUGUCAGCUUCUUGCUGCCUAGAGCAUGAGCGCGUUGUUGGACGUUAAUAUGGAGGAGGGGAUCAAAGACAGACAGACCAACAGGGCUGUGUUAUUUUUAUUAUUAUUGAAUAUUUGAAGAUGCUAAUGUGGCAUUAGCAUGCUAUUACCAAACAUUUCAUUUUGUAGACCCAGGAGGUGAUGGAAGGCAUUUAGUGGGUGCUAGUUUGGCCUAGCACAUUUUAUUUUCACUUGGGGAAUGUUUGGGUGCGCAGGAGUGGUGCUGGCAUGUUACUGACAUGUUGCGUCCUCAAAUAGGAGUCCUUAAAUAAACAAAUCUCUUACACAACUUAGAUACACACAAACACACACACACACACACACAAAAUGAAUCCCUUCUCGUAAGAAUGGACAAAGUAACUUGAGAAAAAAAGCAAUGUUAAAAAAAGUGUGUGUCCAUCUGAAUCACACACAUUCCCACACCUCACACAUAAAGGCGGACCCAUGCAGCUAUGUAUGUAAGCACAAGGAUUCUGGAACGUUCUGCUCCUCUCCCUCUCUUUCUCCCUCUCCCUCUCUUUAUCCCUCCCUCCUCUCUCUCCCUCUCUCCCCAGCUGAGUCAAAAGGAAUUUUACUUCAAAUUUCAGUUUUAUUCAGUUUGCGAAUUAUCUUAUUUAGACUGAAUUUAAAACGUUGUCAUGCCUUACCUGUUAUUCGGGUGAUUAUUAUUAUUUUUUAAUUAAUCAUUUGUUUUGAGGGAGACACAUUUGACUCAGGAAAUUGUUUGUUUGUGUGGAUUAUUGAAAAAAAAAAAAAAAAAAAAAAAAAAAAAACCCAAAUACAAACGGAAGUGUAAGACACUGCAGCCGGGUGGUGGGAAGAGGAGUGAUCCUAAACCGUACUGAUCCCAACUGAUUCCACAACAAGCCCAUUUCCUCAAACACAUUCAAUAUGGCACAUCAUUACCACCAUCAUAAUCAUCAUCAUCAUCAUCAUCAUCCUCCUCCUCCUCCUCCUCCCAGUGGGAGACUUGGCUUGCUUAGCAGCCCAUAGGCACUGGAACAGAACUGGCUGAAACCUGGUCUCCCCUGCUAGAUCUCGGCCUCAACUCAUCCGAAUGGGAGCCACAUCUGGGCCUGAUCCGCUCCUAGGGUGUCAGCCCUGCUUUGGUCACAGACAAUCAGGGGGGGAGUCCUUGAGAAAGAUCAAGAGAAAUCCUAAUCCUUAAUUGUAAUUUAAAAGCUAAGGUGGUUGAUCCUAAUCCUUAAUUGUAAUGUAAAAGCUAAGGUGGUUACACUGGAAGGAAGGUGGUGUAUCAAGGCUGCAUCUGUUCCAUAUCAAGAGGCAGAACACUUCCUGUUCUGUCCACUACACUUCCUGUUCUGUCCACCACACUGGAGUCACAGCAGAGAGUCAGGGGGUAAUGUUGGGAUUCAGUUUUGUUGAAGAGAGAGAAGACACUAUCAGGGCAGAAAGAGGGGUGUGUGUUUAGCCUAGCCUAGCUGAGCAAACAGUCAUCGGUGUGCUAAACAUCCUGUCUGAAGGGAAUUCAAGUGCUUAAUAACACCUACUUGGUCAUUUCUAUGCUUCCUUCUGAUUACAGAUUUUUUACUUUUGUCUUGUUGGGGUUUUAUCCCCUGGGGGUUUGAAGGCAUCAGAACGAGCUCUGAGGCUUCUGGGGGAGCCAGAGGAAAGGAAAUGGAAACCAGGUUGAAAUCACACUGGAGUCUUGGCGGCUGCACUUGCGUGUCGGAGGGCACGCUCCCCAUAUUCCUUCCAGCCUUUUUACGGCUCCUCGUCCAAUCAGAGGGUUUGCCGCAGCAGCGGACCUGGAGUGUGGGCCAUCAUAGGCUAACAUAUCUCAUUAUUCACUAACGUACCUACAACCCUCCAGUCUCUUAAUGUAUUUAAAGCGGAUGUUUACAAGCUGCACAUGGGCAGCCCACUGUAGCCUUCAUGCGGAAUAAUAAAGGUGAUAAAUUAUA